AUGACAAAUAUUUAUGUCAAUUUUCUCAUAGGUUACGUAAACAUUGCCGAAGGUGACGAAAAAGGCAUGGAAAUAGCCGUGUCCACCCAGGGACCCAUCGCAGUAGCCAUCGAUGCCAGCAGGGAAGGGUUCCAAUUCUACUCAGACGGCAUCUACUACGAUCCCGAAUGUGGCAACGGACAAGACGACGUGAACCACGCGGUCCUUAUAGUGGGUUACGGGCAGGAACCCAACGGCCAAAAGUACUGGAUGGUCAAGAAUUCGUACGGAGCCCAGUGGGGUAUCGGGGGGUACAUCAAGAUGGCGAAGGAGGCUAAUAAUCAUUGCGGUAUAGCCAAUCAGGCUACAUAUCCGUUAGUCUAAUCAACAUUAAAAGACGAAUAGCUAAUAAUAUCCAGUAGAUUCAUUCAGAAUAACACAGAGAAAGACUAGAAACACAGACUCUUAUCUCUUAUCGUAUACAGGGUGCUACAAAUUCGAGGUACGAGCAUUGGUAUCUCGGUAACCGUAAUAGAUACGAACACGGUUAAAUUGGGGCAAAGUUGUGCUUUAGGAUGUUCACUAA